CCUAGUAACAGAUGGAAGAGGAGGAGGAGAAGGCAGCCUGCCCCUUCACUGAUCACACCCUCUGCUCACUGUUAUGUACAUUGCAUAUAGUCUGCAGAAGCUGCACUGACUGAUCAUGGCUCCACACAUUGUAUUCUUCCAGAUAUGUGUUGCUAUUAUUGCACUGCCAAUGCACAUUCUUGUUGUGUUGGGUCUGUGGGAUCCUAUACCUAAGAAGUUUCUGCCUUACCUCUUGGCUAAAAUGACUGACUCCUACAACAAAUACAUGGGAGACCACAAGAAAGAACUAUUCAGCAGCCUGAGUGAUUUCAAAGGCCCCUCCGGGGAGCUUAAAGUCCUGGACCUUGGCUGUGGUACAGGAGCAAACUUCCGAUUUUAUCCUUCAGGAUGCAAAGUGUUGUGUGUGGAUCCUAACCCCAACUUCAAGACAUAUUUAAGCAAAAGCCUGGCUGAGAAUGAUCACGUACAUUUCCAGGAUUUCCUUGUCGCUCCAGGAGAGAAUAUGCCACAAGUAGCCAGUGGUUCCAUGGAUGUGGUGGUCUGUACAUUGGUACUUUGCUCUGUGGAUAAUAUUGAUGGUAUCCUGGCAGAAAUACACAGAGUCCUGAGGCCUGGUGGAGCAUUUUUCUUUUUAGAGCAUGUUACUGAAGAUCAUUCUUCUUGGAGAUACUUUUUUCAAUUAAUUUUGGAUCCAACUUGGAAACAUUUGGUAGAUGGGUGCAGACUUACAAAGGAAACCUGGAAAAACCUGGAACAAUCGUUAUUUUCUGAAGUAAAAUAUAAACAUGUUUUAGCCCCACUUAAAUGGAACCCAGCUCGAUGCCAUAUUUUUGGUCAUGCAUUAAAAUAACUAUGAUUAAAUAUGUUUCCAUCACCAGAAAAUAGAAGCUCUUGAGUUACCCUUUCUUUAUUUUUUGCCUUAUUCCUAUAAGUCUGCAUAGU